AUGGGUGGCAGGCAGUGGCGGGCCUUCGCACCGCCACCGCUGCUACUGCUGCUGCUGCUGCUGCUGCUGCCGCAGCUGCUGGGCCUGGGGCAGCCAGUAUGGCCGGCGAUGGUGGCCUUGGCCCUGCAUUGGCUCCUGGGGAAUCCCAUGUGCAGCGCACUGCUCGGCCUGGGCCUGCUGGCAUUGCCCUGGCUCGUCCCUUGGAACCUUCACUGGCUGAGUCUGUUGGCUGCGGCCCUCACAUUCAUCCUGCUGCCUGCACGGCCACCUCCAGGGCUACGCUGGCUGCCUGCUGAUGUGGCCUACUUGGUCAAGAUCCUCCGCCUGGGCCUGGAUAUCAGGGCACGCUUAGGCCGACAGCCGCCUGACACCUUCGUGGAUGCCUUUGAGCGGCAAGUGCGAGCACAGCCUGGCCACACGCCCCUGGUGUGCACUGGGCGUGGGGCCUGCUCUGUCACCCUCGGCGAGCUGGAUGCCCAAGCCUGCCGGGCGGCAUGGGCCCUGAAGGCAGAGCUGGAUGGCUCUGAGGGCCUGCACACCCAGGAGCCUGCUGCCCUCCUGGUGGGGGCCUCCCGGGCUGUUCCAGCGCUGAGACACAUCCCUGCAGACCUCCAGGAGACCCUGGAGGAGAUCCUUCCCAAACUGCAGGCUGAGAACAUUCACUGCUUCUACCUUGGCCACGCCUCCCCUACGCUGGGGGUGAGGGCUCUGGGGGUCGCCCUGGAUGCCGCACCUUCUCACCCAGUGCCUGCUAACCUGCGUGCUGGGAUCACACGUCGAAGCCCUGCCCUGUUCAUCUACACCUCGGGGACCACUGGCCUCCCAAAGCCAGCCAUCCUCACACACGAGCGGGUGCUACAAAUGAGCAAGAUGCUGUCCUUGUGUGGGGCCACAGCAGACGAUGUGGUCUACACGGUCCUGCCUCUGUACCACGUGAUGGGGCUUGUCCUUGGGGUCCUUGGCUGCUUAGAACUUGGAGCCACCUGUGUCCUAGCCCCCAAGUUCUCUGCUUCCUGCUUCUGGGAUGAUUGCCGGCAGCAUGGCGUGACAGUGAUCCAAUAUGUGGGCGAGGUCCUGCGGUACUUAUGUAAUACUCCCCAGCGACCAGAGGACCGGACACAUGCAGUUCGCCUGGCGAUGGGCAAUGGACUCCGGGCUGACGUGUGGGAGACAUUCCAGCAGCGCUUUGGUCCCAUUCGAAUCUGGGAAAUCUAUGGUUCCACGGAAGGCAAUAUCGGCUUAGUCAACUAUGUGGGGCGCUGCGGGGCCCUGGGCAAGAUAAGUUGCCUCCUUCGAAUGCUGUCCCCUUUUGAGCUGGUACAGUAUGACAUGGAGAUGGAGGAGCCUGUGAGGGACAAGCAGGGCUUCUGCAUCCCUGUGGGGCCAGGGGAGGCGGGGCUCCUACUGACCCGGGUGGUGGGCCACCACCCGUUCCUGGGCUACCGCGGACCCCGAGAGCUCUCGGAACGGAAGUUGGUGCAGGACGUGCGGCGCCAAGGCGACGUUUACUACAACACCGGGGACGUGCUGGCCAUGGACCGCGAAGGCUUCCUCUACUUCCGCGACCGCCUGGGGGACACCUUCAGGUGGAAGGGCGAGAACGUGUCCACGCGGGAGGUGGAGGGCGUGUUGUCGCAGGUGGACUUCCUGCAGGAGGCUAACGUGUAUGGCGUUUCUGUGCCAGGGUGUGAGGGUAAGGUGGGUAUGGCCGCUGUGCAGCUGGUCCCCGGCCAGACUUUCGACGGGCGGAAGCUAUACCGGCAUGUCCGCGCCUGGCUCCCUGACUACGCCAGGCCCCAUUUCAUCCGUAUCCAGGACGUCCUGGAGAUCACAAGCACGUUCAAACUAGUGAAGACCCGGUUGGUGCGUGAGGGCUUCAACGUAGACGUCGUCGUUGACCCCCUGUUUGUACUGGAUCAUGGGGCCCAGGCCUUCCGGCCCCUGACGACAGACAUUCACCGGGCUGUGUGCGAGGGAACCUGGAGGCUCUGA